CGUAUGGUAUGUUAUUUAAGACUGGAUAUACACGGGCUACGGUCUGAUUGCUAUAAACCUGAAGUAAAUUUAUAGGCUUAAGACCCAGAUACUAUAGAAAACUUAAAACGCAAAACACUGAAGGAUAAUACAAAAAUGGGAACUACAAUUUAUCGUGUCACUGGGAUAUUCUUGUCUUUAACAGUUGCUUUGUUAGGUGCCGCAACUGCUGUUCUGUUGUACUAUGCCGGACAAGACGGUAUUGAUCUGUUCUACAAGGACAGUACCUACAUGGACGAACAUCACCGAAUACACAAACGUAAGCCGACAGAUGAUUGGUAUGGAGAACUUAUACUGAAAGGCUGGGCGUUCGGUUUCGUUUAUGUGGUUCCCGGUCUUACUGGUAUAACUGCAUCUCUGUUCUUCGAAAAAGUUCCAAUGGUCAUACAUUUGAUUAUAGCCAUUCUGGCCUUGGUCGCGGGCAGUUUCAUACACACCGCUGGCACAAUGGCAAUAAUCCUGUUCCGGGUGUUCACGGUAAAUGGUGUGAUUAGAUACGACAGCUGGCCAGGAGACUGCAUAUAUAUCAGAUAUGAGGACGGUUUGCAACAAGAGGUCAACGACGAAAAGUGUGAGACUGGUCGCAAGGCGCUUAACCUAGCUAUAGCAGCCGCAAGUGUUAUCUUAGUCGCCUGGGUAUUCCUUCUGUCAGAAAUUCUUUUCUGCGGUUUUACAUACCAUAACAUAGGAAAGAAUCAUAAAAAGUCGGUGACGACAGCACAACGCCGUGAUGAAGACAUAUCCCAGCCACGUGAAAGGCGUUCUAAACGAAGGAGGACACCAGCGCCCCCACACAUUUCCACAACUGAGGAGCAGGCGUCAGCUAGUCACAACACUGCAUCAGAUGUCACACCUCCAACACAGACCACGCCCACUUUCAGUACAUUUCAGAAAAGAAAAGGCACGAGCGAAGCGGCUACAUCACAGCAGCAUGAUAAUAACGCAUAUGAUCCAAUGGAAGAAACUGGAACAGAACAAGCUGAUACAGCACCAGCCAGUGACGUACCAGCAUCAGUUGAAAUGGCGGAUGUUCAGCAUGGUGAAAUCACACCACUUUAAGCAGUAUCCAGUGACAAAGUGCUACAAGCAAAUGGAAGAAUGCUUAAUAAUGUACAUAUUGUUAACCUGCAUAAUAUAUAAUCAGAAAACCAUUGUGCAUCAUUAGGAAAACCACUGUGCGCGUUUUAAAAACUGCAGUAGUACUGUUCUGUGUCAAGGCAGUAAAAUGCAUUCAUUCUGUGAUACUAGGAUUAUAUUUUCUACGGCAAAUCCGACUGUCAUACGUUUUCUUCCAAUUCUGCUAAAUUUACGACGAAACCAGUUCCUAUCGAAGCACAUGUCUUUGACAUUGUCAGUGUAGUUUAUUCAGAAACGUAGUUUUUCGCAUUUUUCUAGUUAGCCAAGGUGGUCACAUUUUUCGUCAUUUUUUCACUUCACAUGUAGCUAAACAAGGAUACAUGUAGAGGCCCAACUUGCUACAGGAUACUGGAGCAUCGUUUCCAAGGAAUUAUUUAGAUAGUGAAUAGGGGCCUUUUCCGGCAUAUCUUACACCAAAAAAAUUGUUUCGAAAACAUCACUUCUGAAAAAUCAAAUGCCGGCUCCGGGUCAAUGCCUAUGUGGAACUACAUA